GAAGAGAAUUCAAUUGAGUUCGAAAGGGAAGAUGGCGGCGGCAGCAAAAAAAAGCGUUCUGUCUUCCUUGGCGGUUUAUGCAGAAGAUUCCGAGCCCGAGUCCGAUAGCGAGGCCGGCGGAGCCGGUAGCGACCGAGGAGCAGGGACGGAAGAAAAAGGAGGUUUGGUGUCAGAAAGCUAUGGAGAAGAUGACUUCAGUAAAAUGGAAGGAGAAGAGGAUGGUUAUGAUGAAGAUGAUGAUGAAAACAGCAGACAGUCAGAAGAUGACGAUUCAGAGACUGAAAAACCUGAGGCUGAUGACCCAAAGGACUUUUCAGAACUGGAGAAGAGAGAUCCCCAGGAGUUAGUUGCUUCCUUCUCUGAGCGUGUAAGGAACAUGUCACCUGAUGAGAUCAAAAUCCCCCCAGAACCACAAGGCAGAUGUUCCAACCACCUACAGGACAAAAUACAGAAGCUGUAUGAGAGGAAAAUCAAGGAAGGUACAGACAUGAACUAUAUCAUUCAGAGGAAGAAAGAGUUCCGAAACCCCAGCAUCUAUGAGAAGCUGAUCCAGUUUUGUGCAAUUGAUGAACUUGGCACUAAUUACCCCAAGGACAUGUUUGAUCCUCAUGGGUGGUCUGAGGAUUCAUAUUAUGAGGCACUAGCAAAAGCACAGAAAAUUGAAAUGGACAAGCUAGAAAAGGCCAAGAAAGAGCGAACAAAGAUUGAAUUUGUAACAGGCACUAAGAAAGGGACAACAAAUGCUCCCUCUACAACCACCACAACAGCUAGCACUGUGGGUGGAGAUGCACAGAAGAGGAAAAGCAAAUGGGAUUCUGCCAUUCCUGUGACAACAAUUGCUCAGCCCACCAUUCUCACAACCACUGCAACAUUGCCAGCUGUUGUAACUGUUACCACUAGUGCAAGUGGCUCCAAAACAACAGUGAUCUCAGCUGUCGGCACCAUAGUGAAAAAGGCAAAACAGUGACAUGCGCAGUAAAGAGACUGACUGAGAGAUUGAAGCUUUUUUUGAGAUUUGACUGACACCAAAAUCACCGUCUUUGAAAUAAAGGAGGGACACUCUUUUCCAGAUCUGAAAAUGAAAGACUGUUGAAAGUAGGAAGGAGAGAAGUGGACUUGCCUAUUUAUAAUGGAGUUUUCUGUGGAAAAAAGCUCUUAGGCUUUUGUAUAACUGCUCUCUAAAGUACUGUGUGCAAUGCAGCGUCACUGUGUCAAUCUUAUACUUCAUUGAAAGCUGUAUUACAACUGUCACUACAUUAGGAUCUUCACAGAAUGUGAAGCUCUUUAGAAGCUUUUAGAAGAAAAACUAUUCUGGGUUGGACAAUUCAGUGACAUGUAUUCUUCUCUCUGCAUCCAUUACAGGCAAGAUUCAGUACUGCUCUAAAAAUUUAAGAGGACAAAGUAUAUAUGACAACUCGGUUUCAUGCAGGUCAUUGUAUGGACUAAGAUGAGUUGUUCCCGUGCAAUCCAUUUAGAUUAAAGGUCACAAAUCAGGAACUGGAACACUGUGAAAUUUGAGAGAUGAAACAAUUCAUAACAUUAGUAGUGAGGCCUGUCUUUGGGGAAUCUUUGUGCAGAUCUGAACCCAGCUGAUAGGAUGUUUGUGAACAAGAAAUCAAAUAGGUGUUCUGUAUGGUGACACUUGUUGUUGGAGUUAUACAUAUACAUUUUGAAUGUCUUUUGUGUAUGUGUAAUAGUAACAAAGGUUCCAAAUAGGGAUGUUUAUAACUCACUGAUUUGGCAACCAGAUGUUCCACAGACUUCCAGAACAUUCUGUUCCAUCUCUGGACCAUGCUGAAUGCCCUCCCAGACCAUGCCAUUUCGGGGGCAGUUAGGCAGUUUCAGAAGUAAACACCACACAUCUUCCAGUUCUGUUCUGGAGCUCUAAAUUUUGCACAUCCCUAGUUCCAAAGUACAUAAUUGUACAAUACUGCCAUUUUCACUAGUGUAAGUAAAAAAUGCUAUUGGUUUAAAUUUGUAUAAGCUUUCUUACUGGUUUGACUUAAAUGUUAGAAUAUAAAAACAAACUUUUGAAA